AAAGCAUUUUGCCCAAUGGUUCUGCUAGUUCACCACCUCACACACAAUACUAAUAUUGAUUAUCGCCCCUUACAGGGAUCUGGCGUAGUAUUCUAUGACUACAGUGGUGGAAUUUACUCAGCUUUCACCAACCUUACUGUAGAUGCAGCACACAAGAUUUUCUCCCUGACCAGCACUCAUGUCGACUUGAACAAGGGUAUCGUUUACAUUAUGACUGGCGGAACUUGCUACAAAACACCAGUGGACAAAAGCUGGAUCAGCCAAGAGGAUUUGCCACACUGCAUUCCAAAGUCUGCCAAGAAAGUAGCCCAGUUUUCAGUUGGAGGGCCACGUGAGGAUAUUGAGAUGACCACCUACAUGCAGAGUGUAAAAAUAGGUUUCCGUGAGGUGACCGUUACCAAACACUACUGCUAUCCCCUGCAAGAGAUCUUCUACACCCAGACAAAGAGCCAACAGGGACACAACCAGAGAACAGCAACAAUGAGCCAGUUAGCCAACCUUGAAGAAUUUGUUGAGGACCCAAGCGUCUUUGAAAUCCCUUCGAUAUGUUUCAAAUCUUCUUACAAUAAGCCACCACCCGCCGUCCGAGCAAGACUGCACUCUUUGGGAUUCAUGACUCCUUACGUGCUCUAAGAAACAUGGUUUUUAAGAACCUUGGUAAUAACAAUCAUAAUAAUAAUAUUGAUAAUAAUAUUGUUUAUUAUAAUGAUAUAAUAAAGUCUCAGACAAUUUAACAUAAUAA